AUGAUGUCUUCCAUCUCAUCCCCCUCUACAUCCACAUCCGCCUCGUCAUCCACUGUAAGCACGCCUAAACUUCAAAAGUGUUUGGUGUGUUUUCAACCUGCUCAUGGCAAUCACUUUGGUGUUGACUGCUGUCGAGCGUGUGCCGCAUUUUUCAGAAGGGUAUUCGUCACUCAUAAACAGACAUUCAAAUGUCGUGAAGGGGACAAGAAGUGCACUCCAGAUGAAUUGGGAAGAUGGCUCUGCAAACGAUGUCGAACCGACCGGUGCUUUGCUCUUGGAAUGAAACCUGAUAACAUCCAACGUGACCGUGACCGAUUUGUCUGCUCCGAACAAUUCCAUGAGGAUCGAAAACGGAAAUCCGCUGAAUUGAUCUUUCCGCUGACCGUGGACCGCUUCGUAAAAAACUCCAGCCCAACCGUGAGAACCUACACAUUCGGUUCCGGGAAAAACUACCAGCAUCUCACGUUUUUCGACCUCUCCCAAAUUCUAAGUGACGCCGAGUACAUUCUAAGAAAAACCCCAAAACUCGACAAGUCACUAAGAUCAAAAUCCUCUUUGGAAAAGUUAGCGUUCGGUCUCCGGGAAGUUAGAAAGUCACAAAUAAUGGAAAGUAUCCCUGAGAUGAGGAAGAUUGGGAAGUCUGAGACAUGGAACCAUUGGGUUAAUCAAAUGAGAAGAGCAGGGGAGUGGAUUGCGUAUUUCGAAGAGUUUAGGGAGCUUGAGCACGAGGACAAAAUGAUCAUCCUGAAAUCCAUGUGGCAUCUUUUCGCCCGGUUGGAACGGAUCUCCAUGACUGCCGAGAUGAGAAGGCAGAAACUGUGCGAAGAUAAUGAUUUUGUAUACGGAACCGAGCACCGUAUCAACUAUGAUAAAUUGGAGAUUGAGAGAAAAUGGUUCUCAGAAGCGUCGGACGAGGAAGUCAGAUACUACAUCGGACCCUUUCAAUUAUACUUCGGGGAGACUAUCAUUCACUCCCUAAUGGAUCUAUGUCCUAGCGACAUCGAAGUCACAUUCAUGUUGUGCAAUCUAUGCUUCCACCUUACUGGUCAAAAGCUUGGAGGACGGAUUCAAGAAAUCACGGAUAGGCUUCAAGAUGUACUUGCUAAUGAUCUACAUAAGUAUUAUCUGGAAAAGGAUAAACACUCAAGAUACUCACACAGAUUGACCAAGUUGUUGAACUUGAAUCGGCAGUAUCAGACGGAAAUGGAAAUCCGAAAAAAAAGAUUCUUCCUGGCAGAUACCUUCAACGUGUUUCGUGUCAAACUAUCCCACCCGGAAAUGUUUCUGUUUUCAUGUUGA